AUGCCUGGGAAGGAAGCAGCAGUAGACGUUAUGCAAUCCUCUACUAAAUCUAAUACAAAGAAGAUGGUACAAGCUCGUCUACCUUUCAAACGCCUGAAUCCAGUACCCAAAGAUGAAGGGUGUUUAGAAGAAAAAAAAGUAAGAAUCACUAAAAACGUGUCUCCUCAAAAAAUGUUGCACUCUCUCAACUCCUCUAUGGAAGAUAUGGAAAAUGACUGUGACAUGGAGACAGAAACUGUGCCAAUACCUAAAGCUGUAAAUGGGAAAGGGCCUUUGGACAACUAUAUUAGGAAAGCCCCCAAAGUGAGCCAUGCUCCCUCUAUCACCACUAUCGAUUUGACAGAAGAGUCAAGUAUUAGUAUUUCGAAUGACUGCCCGUUAAAUGGGGAGUCUGAAACGCACCUAGCAAAUGGGACACUUGCACUUGAGGAGAGCACACCCAAUCUUCCAUUAAGUGCAAAGGAGGAAUGCACUGUUUCAUUAGAGAAUAAGACUGUUGAGAAUACACAUUUUUCAGAACUUAAAUCAGACCAGCUGCAUCAGGCUGCAGCCACCUCUACUUCUGCAUCAAAUUUUUCUCCUGAAAGAGUAGUCAAAGAAGACUGCAACAGUUCUGCAGAUGAUGACUCUGCUUCGGUCUCCUCCAGUAGUUCCCCUGUUUCACUUAGCUCUCCUGAUGCACAGACUGGUUCCCAGUUCAGGAAUAGAAGCAGUCCAUCGACUUCCACUACCCCUACUGGCAAAGUAACUGCAAAUAAGACUUCUGCAGACAAGAAUAAAACCAAAGAUAAGGACAAGAAGAGGCAAGCCGAAAAGGAAGAGCGAGAACGUGCUAAAAAAGAGGCAAGGUCUUUAAAGAACUUGCAAAGAAAAAGAGGGAAGACGAGCGAGAGCAGCGGGAAAGAUAAGAAGGAAAAAAAGGAGAGAGAAGACAAAGAGAAGGCAGAAAAAAUGAAACUAAAGGAGGAGAAAAAAAGAGAGAAGCUUGAAGCCCUUGAGGCUAAGCAAGAAGAAAAACGAAAAAAGGAUGAGGAGAAGCGACAAAAAGAAGAGGAAAAGCGACAAAAAGAAGAGGAAAAGCGACUAAAAGAAGAGGAAAAGCGCGUAAAGGCUGAGAAAGCAGAGAUCACUAGAUUUUUCCAGAAACCAAAAACACCACAAGCUCCUAAGACAUUUUCUAGGUCAUGUGGGAAAUUUGCCCCUUUUGAGAUUAAAAAGGGUAUGGCAUUAGCACCUCUGUGUCGUAUUGAUUUUGAACCAGAGGCAUCUGAAGAGCUGGAUAGGUUCCUUCAGGAGCAAAAUUCCAAGAUUUACUUCUUUGAUGAAAUCAAGAAGAGAAAACCGCGCAAGAUGGGUCAGACCACAGUGCCAACUGUUAACAGCUUCGAGGUGGAUGAUGUACAGGUACUGGGAGAGUCGGAUCCUGUACUAGGUUCGAACAUGCUUGAAGGGCACAUAAAAGACAUUGGUGUACCAGAGCGCAAAAAGUUUGGGAGAAUGAAAUUACUACAGUUUUGUGAGAAUCACCGACCUGCCUACUGGGGCACAUGCAAUAGAAGGAGCAGGGUAAUCAACUCACGAAAGCCAUGGGCUCAGGACACAGGCAUGCUAGACUAUGAAGUGGACAGUGAUGAAGAGUGGGAAGAGGAAGAGCCAGGGGAGUCUCUGUCACACAGUGAGGGGGAGAAUGAUGAUGAUCCCAAAGAAGAUGACGAAGAUGAUGAUGGCUUCUUUGUUCCUCAUGGAUACUUAUCUGAUGAUGAAGGGGUAUCUGAUGAGGAAUGUACAGAUCCAGAGAACCAAAAAUUUAGACAGAAGCUGAAGGCUAAGGAGUGGUAUGAGUUGCAAACAAACGGCAAGAAGAUCCGUGCAAUGCAGCCUGUAGUGAUUGGUUGUGUGUGGUGGGACAGUAAAGCUUCAGAGAUUAGUCUUCUGCAAAAAUUUUCUGCCUGUAUUCUGGAGUCACCUGCAGUUGAUGAAGAGCUUGCUCAAGAGAUCAGCUCUGCUCAAAGCCUUAAGGACAGGCAAAUACUCUCCAAACUUGUUCCUCUACUUCAUGGGAAUGUCAAUGGAAGUAAGAUAAUGAUACAAGAAUUUCAGGAGUACUGUCGCCGGGGCCUAUUCUUGGAGGAUAAUGCAAGUGAUGCUGCAGGUAAUGAGUCCACCAGCCCCAACGUCACACCGCAAACACCAAGCAAUAUUAUAGUCCCUUCUAAAGCUCGCUUGAAGCGAUUAAUCUCAGAAAACUCAGUGUAUGAAAAGCGCCCAGACCACCGUAUGUGUUGGUAUGUGCAUUCUGAUGUCUUAAAGGGCCUUCAACAAGACAAUCUUCCUGUACCCUGCCAGUGGACUUAUAUCACUCAAGUUAACUCUGUAGCCAAGGAAGAUAAUGGUGCAAAUGGAGGAUCAUUACAAUCCCUGCCUUUGUCUGGCAAGAGGAAGUCUGCAGGGAGCAUGCCAAUCACAAAGUUCAUGAAGAGAGCAAAGGACCUUGAAACGGCUAUAAAUACAGAUAUGGAUGGCUUCCAGGCAGACAAUGAAGAGGAUGAUGAUGACUGUAUGAUUCUAGAGGACCAACAAGCUAAAGAUGCAGAGGACUCUACCAUAGAAUGCAAAAUAAACCUGAAUGAUUCUGCUGUCCUUGCCUCCUGCCAAAACUAA